AUGUCGAAUACUCUACGGAAAAACAUAGAAUCAGCCCAGAGACAAGCGGCAAUGUGGGCGCUAGGAGAACCAGCCUGCAUUUUAGCCAAUGAAUUCUUGAAAGGAGAGCUAGGCUGGUCAACUUUCGAAGAGAGGGAAGCCAAGAGUAAAAUCACAUACUUCAAGCGCAUACAAGAGAUGCCCGACGAAAGAUGGGCGAAACGAAUGCUAACCAUGAUGAGCAUCAACAAUGCCAAAAUCAAAGCCGUAGAGAGGAUGGAAACGCUGUCAUUGAAACAUGACUGCGAUAAGAUAGUGGUGGAACAAUCGGAAGCAGGCGAAGCCUGCCUGAACACAUUCAAAAAGAGUGUGGAAAAAAGAUCCGAGAUUUAG